AUGUUGGAGAGAAGAGUAAGUGUCUUUUUUAGAGCACAAAUCAGGAAGAAGAAACACAAAGAUUCCGAAUGCUGGUUCUGUCAAUUCUCUGCGGCUGAGAGUGAUCUGAUCAGUUGUCUACAGUCAGUGAGGCGUAAGGAGGUGAGCUGUGACUACAGAGCGAGCUCAGGACCAAACUCUCUCUCUCCACGCAGUGAUUGGAACAGCUUUACAUUGGGUUUGACUCCAGAUCCUAGAUCUACUUUGCCUCACAGCACGACAGUGAGUCCUACAGAAGACACCACAGUGAGACCAACUACCAGUUUGACCUCUCCUUUGACCCCCAGCACAGCAGUGAAUCCUACAUCAGGUUUGACCUCUCCUUUGGCCCCCAGCACAGCAGUGAAUCCUACAUCAGAUUUGACUGUUAGUCCUACUUUGACAACUGACACACCGAGUCCAACUGAAAGAGGUCAAAGCUCCACAGACAGCGUUGUGAAUUCAAACAGUCAAAAAAGAGUUUGGGCGGUGCAACUAUGGCAGGCAGCAGUGGGUGUGGCUUCUGGAGUGGGCGUGUUCCUGAUGGGAUUGACAGUUGUCUAUCUCUGCAGGAGGACCAAGAAAACCAAUUCUCUGAGACCUACAGCCAGACAGGAUGAUCACAGACAAUGUGAUUUGGUGAUGGGAGCUAUGAGCAGUGCAGUCAUGUUGGAUUCAAGGGAUGCUGGGAUCUAUUCUCUCAUCACCUCUGUACCGUUCACGUUUUUGCACUCAGGUCCUGUGCAGCAAUCUGCAAAUGAAGAUGCUGAUUCAGAGAAUGCAGGGGUCUACAGCCUGGUCACUUCUGUACCAUCCAGAACUUUACCAUUAGGUCAUUUUGAAGAAAAUGGAAAGUCAUCUGAAAACGACAAUUCUGAUAUGUACCAUGUAUACAGCUCAAUCCCCGACAGACCAGAAACCUCAGCCCAGCCGGAUGGGUUUUACAGUCUUCUGCAGACACACUGAAACUACACCACUGGCUCUCUGUAUGUCUCACAGAAAAGUGGUUUCUAUCAGGAUGUCCUUUAUUUAUCACACAUCAUGUUACUUUAAAUAAGUAGCUAAAACAUCUACCACAGUGCCGUUUCUGUUUAUAAGCGACAUACAGUAAGCAGCCGCUAGAGGCCCCUCCCCCCUCCAAAAACAACCGUAGGAUAGUAGAAUACACAACGUGCAGUUUCGAAAUGUGGUUCUUCGUCAGAAGUUUUUCACUUGUUAUGUCAGUCACUGACAGUCACUCAAUAAAUCCCAUGACAGCUAAGAUUUUAUAGAUUGCUAGGCCCAGUUAGUCUCGCCAGCUAUCUAAGCAUUGUAGUAAUCGCUGAAUUACUGCCCAGGGGGCCCCCAAUAAUUUUGUUAGUCACUCUCACUCAGAUAUCAAAUGAAUAUAGCAUAAGUCAUGGCAAAUGUUUAGAAUUGCAGUAAAUUAGCUUUAAAACCGAAUGUUAUUAUUUCAGCGACAAUGGCAUACUGUGUUGAAUUGCAGGACAUUAAGUUCUCUCCGCCCCAUGGCAAAAUGAGUAGAAUUGCAGGACAUUAACUUUAAAGCUCCAAAUGUUUCUCUUCGCCGCCAUGAGCGGGGCCACUAAAAUGUUUUGUCAGUGAGGUGGGCAAAUCUCGCUUAGGGCCCUCAAAAUGCUUGGAACUGACGUAAUUUACUGUAUCACAUAUUGAAACCUGGAUUGUGUUACAUGCCUAUCCAUAAUAUCUGUUAAUAUGUUAGUAUUUUUAUUUGGGGAUUUUGGAGGUGUCCGGGGCAUACUCCCCUUUAAAUAUUUUUAAGUAAAUGCCCAAAUAAAUAUACACUGUAUUUAUAUAUAUUCUGUCAUCUGUGUGAUACCUCCUUCCAUAAUGGUUUGAUAAAAUUUACUAAAUAAAAUAUAUUUGUGAUCAAAAUCGAUAGAUACAGACAAUUAAAAAUCAAUAAAUAUAUAACAUUCACACAAUGCAAAAAAACAGGUAAAUAGGAAAUUAAGAUAAAUUCAUUGAAAUUAAGUCAUUAAGAUCCAAAGUGGUAUGACCUAAAUGCUUAAGAUGACCUAAAUGCUAUUCAAAUCUCCAAAUUUCUCCAUGUUUACUUGUUAUUUUCCAUGUUCCCAGAUUAAUUUAAACUUACUCAGAACAUCAGUCGCUCCUACAAUGUGCAGUGUUGUAGACACAUUCUAGCAUUGAAGUCCAAUGACUGCAGAGUGGUUAAGAUGUAAAUGGUGUGAGAACACAACUUCAUUACAUUGUUUUCCAGUUACCAUGAGCUUACAUUCUGUUUCGAUGCACACUUGAGCCCAGCGGUCAGGGAUUAUGGUGAUGGCUUUGUUUGUUGAAAAGGGGUGGCUCCCCCUCCGCUCCCAUAUACACUGUACACACUGUGCAUAGAUAUUUCUAUUGUGUUAUUGACUGUACGUUUGUUUAUGUGUAACUGUGUUUUUGUUUUUGUUGCACUGCUUGGCUUUAUCUUGGCCAAGUCGCAGUUGUAAAUGAGAACUUGUUCUCAACUGGCCUACCUGGUUAAAUAAAGGUGAAAUAAAAUAAAAUAUAAAAUAAAUCCCUCUUCAAUGAGACCUUUAAGUUACAGUAAAUACAAAUCCUAUGUAUUUUGCUCCAUUUGAAAUGGUCUCGUCUGUAAAACAAAAAAGUAAGAAGAAUAAAUUGAAU